CGGCAGGUCGUGCUCGACCGAACUGAUGAGUUUAGACGCUCCCCGUGUGUGUUUGCCAAGCUCAUUAUGGACGGCCUGCUUCAGUGUGUGUGUGUGUGUGUGAGGAGUAGGAGGUGGCCGAGAGAGGGGAGUGACAGGUGAAAAGUUUGGAUUCAGAUUGGAGGUUUAGGGGCUUCGUGGGUCAGCGGAUCCGCAGACCAUUAGGGAGAGGGGUCUGUGUGUGUGAGAGAGAGACAGAGAGGGUAGACCAGGGGGUCUCUAUUAUUGUAUUGGUGAGGAGUAGGAAGGUGGGGUGGGGGUGUUUGUAGGACCCCAUGCUGCUGGGACCAGUCUCUUCUUUAAAGAGGGACGACAAAUAGUCAACACAUUUGCUUUUAGGGCGCGAGACUGAGACUCCAUUGUCUCACGUGUGUCGGCCUGAUGGGAAACAUGACCUGAGCUGAGUUAUAACUGCUUUGUGAAGCGCUGUAUCUGGGUAUAUAUCUGGACACCCAGACGAAUCUGAGGAACAUUAAGAAUCAUAGUGAAGUCUUAAAAAAGACGAUAAAACAAGGUCUUGCAGCGGUGACGAAUGGGUUAGAGCUGCAUAAUAAACCUCAGCUCUCAAGAUGAGUUUUUGAUAGCACGAAGCUGGGAUGAUGUUUCUCUUGGCCACAUGUAAGAUAAAGCAUUCCUGUAUGUGUUUCUUUUACGCUUCUAGACUGGGACUGAGCGUAAAAGAUAAAUGUGCGCCGGGUUGAAGCGUUAACUUAAGCAUGCCAUAUUGUAAAGACCCGACAAAAGGAGUCAGUGUAAACAAACGACUUGAGUGAAAUAAAAAAGGGAUUUGGCGAAUCCGAAUAACAGACAUUCACAUGAAUCUCAGCUUAAUUCCAGCUUUAGCCUUUUAACCCCUCUGAUCAUCACUAUUUACAUCUAAGGCUUUCUUUUAUUCACGCAGAGCCCCUUGUUUGGCUUCUGGAGUUAAAGCAGCAUUAAAAGGAUAUUCUAGACUUUUAAUGCUGCGAGAGAUUAGAAAUUCAAAGCAGCAGAAGCAGACAUUAACUUUCCUGCAUGAGUCAAGCUCCAAAAAAAAAAAAAAAAAGCUUCAAAAACAGUCCUAUAAUUAUCGCGGCGUAUCGUCUUUAAUUAGACCCUCCCCAGCUCCUAAACACCUCCAGUUUUUUGACAAUUUUAACCCAAGACAAAUUAACUUUAAAUAUUUUUUUUUUUAGCUCCCUGAUUUUCAGGAGACGUGAUGGAACCGCCGACUGUGACUAAACUGAGGUUAAUUUGGAACACUCAUGGAACAAGACGUUUGACUAGCGAGGUUUGAGCAAGUCAAAGACCUUGUUUACAAUCUGUCCUCCGUAGUACUGUGUGCGGUUAACGCUUCUGCGUCAACUUUACGCCAUACGCUGAUGUGCACAGGAAUAAUUGGUCCGCUUGGUGGUGGCGUCUUUCCGCUAUAGCGUUUCCGGCUGCUUCUCCAUCUCCACAGUUUUCAAAUUGAUUGUUUUGGAUCAAUAAAGAACAAACAGUGCAGCCAAACUUUUGACCCUUUCGAAAGUUCACUUCCGUCACGUGUAACGUUGGCACAGCUAAGGGGGCGGUAAUUAAAAAUUCAGUGGCACCAAAACGAACCCAAAUCCUACCAUUUGUGUCAGCACCGGUACCAUUAUGGUACUGAAUAUGUGUACAAACCCCUACCUGAGGAGGGGAUACAAACUUUUGUAGAACUCGUCUUCAGCGAAAGUAGAAAGUGAAACAGGAAACAGGAAGUAGAAACAAAAAUUAGCCCGACUGUCAAAAAAGACAGCGCAGACCAGGGUUUGGGUCGUGGUUUUACUGAGUGAGCCCGACUGACGGCUUAGGCUACGUACGUAGGUUAUACCGUCUAUGUCUUAAGGGAUUGUAAGAACAUUUCGAGGUGGUCACCUGCGUUGCAUCGCCCUCAAAUUUAGUUCACGUUCAGACUAUUUCAAACAGGUGUGAACCAAUCUUUUUUUUUACCUCCCCGUUCCUCCACAUUUUGCAUGCACGCUCUGUUCGGCCUUUUCCUCUCAUCUGGGACACAAUGAGCAACGCGGUGUCUCUCAGCGGACUGGGAGCUUUUGUCCGAGCCGUUAACCCCCCUCUCCUUCUUUUAAAAAGCGCUGGCAUGUGUGUGAUCUCUGGAGCCGUGUGCUAACAGCAGCAGUUCGGGAUGCCCCGCUGAGAGCGUAGGAGAUGGGGCAAGGACGGGAAAAAAAAAAAAAAAAAAAAAAAAGACGCUGCCCUCCCGGACCAGGCUAAAAGUUUGAUUUGAGGAGUAGAAGAAAAUGUGGAAGAAGAGGGAGAAAUGAAGAAGCAGGGGGAAAGAUAAAAAAGAAGGAGAGGAGGCACUACUUAAUGUGGAGCUCCUUGUAAUUUGCUGCGGGGAUAGAGGGAGGAGGAGUCAGGGGGAGGGGAAUACCCAGCAGGGAGGGAGCAGGAGAGAGCAGAGGCCAUUCACUCCGACACACACACACACACACACACACAAACACACACAUGAACGCUGACAGACGCACACAGUGUUGCCACAGGAGAGAGGGAGGGAGCGAGGCAGUCAGACAGAGGAGAUCCUCAGCAAAGUGAAGUGAGAGAAAGAAAAGAAGAGAAAAGAAAGAAGCAAGAGGAGAGUGUUCAGGAGAAAACGCAGCCUCAGAGAGUGUGUGCGUGUGUGUGUUUUGGAGGAGCCGACUGCACGAUAGCUCCCAGGAGAAAGCCAUCACAAUGAUUGGGAGAAUUUGGGAACUCUAAAGGGAUUUGUUUCUUUUUAAAAAACUGAAGCUUUGCCGGGAAUAUUGCUUGGAAUACUCUGGAUAUGUGACCCUCUCUGGAAAACUCCCCCAAAACCUUCCUUUUAAAUCUCAUCUCACUUCCAUUUGUGUUGAAGUGGAGCCAAGCCACAAUGCCUACCGACGAUUAUAGCUACCUGCCUGAUGCGCUGCCUCCUCUUCCUGAAGUCCCGGACUCCGGCUCGGCCCUGAGCUCCGCUGACAUCCCAGCCCGCUGCCUCCGCAACCCGGCCUUCCGCCACGCACCCUCGCGCUACUGCUCUGCCCUCAGCAUGGACUCCUCGCCGGACAGCGCCGAGAGGCCCAUCAGCUACAGCUCCACCUCUUCCUCUGCCUCCUCCCGGGACAGCCACUGCUCGCUGGGCAGCCGCUCCACCCUGGUCGCCACCCCUCACUGCAACCCCGCGGCCUCAGACCGGGACUCCGGGGCAAUCCGGUUGGAGCUCGUCCCCGCCAGGCAGCUGGGAGAGGAGGAUGACAGGAACGACAAAGGGACGGACACGGGGAGGGGGCAAUGGAGACAGGGCAGCAUGCAGACGGCGACGGAACAUUCAGAGCCUGAGCUGCUGAGCCCGGAGGGAGGAGAACGGACGGGUCAGGUGCAGGGGCCCAGGACGUACGUGGACCGGGUGGUGCAGGAGAUAAUGGACACGGAAAGGACUUACGUGCAGGACUUGCGGAGCAUUGUAGAGGACUACCUGGAGUGCAUCAGUAACCAGUCCCGACUGGCCUUGAGCUCUGAAGACAAAGGCUCGCUGUUUGGCAACAUUCAGGACAUCUACCACUUUAACAGGGACCUUCUUCACGAUCUGGAAAAGUGCAACGCAGAUCCCGUGGCCAUCGCAGAGUGCUUCGUAUCAAAGAGUGAAGAUUUCCACAUUUACACUCAGUACUGCACCAACUACCCACGGUCGGUAGCCGUGCUCACAGAAUGCAUGAGGAACAAGGCGUUGGCCAAGUUUUUCCGCGAGCGCCAGGAAUCUCUGAGACACUCCUUGCCCCUGGGCUCCUACCUGCUCAAGCCAGUGCAGAGGAUCCUCAAGUACCACUUACUGUUGCACGAGAUAGCCAACCGCAUGGAGAAGGACACGGAGACGUACGAGGUCGUGCAGGAAGCCAUAGAAACCAUGCAGAGGGUGGCCUGGCACAUCAACGACAUGAAGAGGAAACACGAACACGCCGUGAGGUUGCAGGAAAUCCAGAGCCUCCUGACCAACUGGAAGGGCCCCGAUCUGAUCGGCUACGGGGAGCUGGUCCUCGAAGGGACGUUUCGUCUGCAGCGAGCCAAAAACGAAAGAACUCUCUUCCUGUUUGACAAGCUGCUGCUGAUCACCAAGAAACGGGAAGAAACCUACACGUACAAGGCUCACAUCCUGUGCUGCAACCUGAUGCUGGUGGAAGUCAUUCCUAAAGAACCGCUGAGCUUCAGCGUCUUUCACUACAAGAAUCCCAAAUUGCAACACACAGUCCAGGCCAAAUCACAGCAAGACAAGCGCAUGUGGAUCUUACACCUCAAGAGACUCAUACUUGAAAAUCAUCCUGCCAAAAUCCCUGCCAAGGCCAAACAAGCCAUUCUGGAGAUGGAUGCAACGCAUCAUCCCGGGUUUCAUUACAGUCCCGAUGGUGACAAGAAGGAUUCCCCCCAAACCAAGGAAGGCCCCACUCCUCGUAGAGGACGCAGGAAAGAACCUCUUUCCAAAUUAUUGAAGAAUGCGAAGCAGAAUGCUGCCAACACCGAUGGUGAAAAGCGAACAAGUCUAGGAGCUACCCUGCUUUCUCCGGUGUCCCAGCUGGCUCUGGGCACUAUAGGGCGCAGCCGUAGCCUCAUCAACCAAUCACAGGAGUCCCUGGAUCCGGGCGAUCACUAUGACCACAGCGACCGGGAGGAAGGGGAGGAGCCACAUCAGCAGGACGCCGAUGAUGAGGACGACAGCGGACUGGGUGGCGGAAAAAGGCUCCGAGUUCCUGGCAAAAGCAGCAGGAAGAGGCUGAACCCUCAAGCAUCGGUCGACAGCAUAGAACAGUGGAAAACGUUUAACAUGAGCCCCUCAGACCUACAGAGAGCCAGAGAAUCACUAGUAAGGGAAGGAAGUCACCACCCUCCUCUCCUCAGGACGCCCCGUGUGACAGAGGAGCCUCCCGACUCCCCUAUUCCUGCUGUAAUAGUCACAGAAAGUGACCACUCCAUGAGGAACAUUUGGGCCGACCAUCGGGCUCGCAGGGCUAUGUUCCCCACGCGUCAGAGGACGAUGCAGCCUGAUGACGAGGAAGAGGACAUCUACCAGAUGUUUGUCCCCACGGAGCAGAGCGGGCCAGAACCAGAGGUGGCCCCGGAAAGACCGGAGCCUCCGCCAUCACCCAGGACAGCUCGGCCCUGCAGCUGGCACGUGGAACAGGUGCCAACGGUGCAGAUCGACCCUCCGCCCAAUGGCAGCAGAGUCCUGCGGAGAGCGAGUAGCGCUGGGGAGAAGGCUACGGAGGCUAAAGGGAGUCCUGAAGAUGAUCAGUCCGGUCACAGCAACCUGGACGUGAUCCACACCGAGUCAUCCAGCAAUGACAUAUCUGGGUCCUCUUCAGCCGAGCAGCUGACGAUAGACGAUAUUGAAAAUGUGUAUGACAACAUCAGCUAUGAGGACCUGAAGAGCAUGGGCCUCAUCAGGAGGGAACAUGAAGAUAGCCAGUCGAGGAAAGAGACAUCUACAGGUGUGCAGGGUUCCCAGCGCGAGGCAGCCAGGGAACCGAGUGCUCCAGGGGUCACGGAGUCCGCGGUUGAAGCAGACGCUUCGUCGGAGAGUAACCGCUCCUCGACACAAGAGGGCAAGACAUGUGAGCUCAAGAUAGUUGAGGAGAAUAUCUAUGACACCAUCUGUUUCAGGGAGCCACCACCAAAAGAGACAAAGGGAAUGAAUGAAGGCAAUAAACUAAAACAAGAGAGGGACAGCCUAAUGGCCUCAGAGCAGGACCUGACUGAGAGUCUCGGAGGGUUUGUGUCAGAGGAAAGCCUCCACUCUGGAGACGUAGAAGGACCAGAAGCCUCCGGUCUUGUCCCGUGUUCUUCCGAGCCGGACUUUUCCUCCUGUUCUGCCUCUGAGAACCUUUCUCAACGCACACAGAAAGGAGAUAAGAUGUCUGAGCAGGUUGACGAGAUCUGGAAUGACUUGGAGAACUACAUCAAGAACAAUGAGAAGAAAGCUGAUCGGCUUCCUGCUGCAUUCCCUGUGAGCGCCAGCGAGUCGCCUAAGAAGAAGCCCUCAUCCGUCAAAAACAGCCCAACAAAGAGCUCUCCUGUAAUUAGUCCUCAAGCAGCCAGUCCCCCAGCCAAGAGUCCCCCAGCCAAGAGUCCCCCAACCAAGAGUCCCCCAGCACAUCAGCCUAAAACCCCACCUGUCACCUCCACGCCUUCAUUCACCAUCCCACUGAUCAACCUCCCUGACCUACAAAGCGAAGGCACCAUCGAAGAAGAAAGCCACAGCCCCGAUCCCACGUCACGCCCCCUUCCCGCAACCCCAGAGCCCCCCCCAGGCACGGUGAAGAACAUCCGUAACAGGCUCGCUCGCCUCAGCAGCGGCAGCUUCCGCCUCGAGGACGACGAUCUGGUGGAGCUCCCGCAGCGAACCCCCCCACCCAGAGACACUUCCCUCAAGGACCUUCACAGUUUGUUUCCAGGGGAGCUGGCGGGUCUGGACUCCCCCCUGGCGUCCUCCUCUCUCCUUCUGGGCGAGUCCGUGGACCUGGACCUGAUGGAAAAAAGCAAGAGCCGCGUGUUCUUAAUGGCACGGCAGUAUAGUCAGAAGAUCAAGAAAGCCAACCAGCUGCUGCGCAUGAGGAGCAUGGACCCCGGAGACGCUUGUAGUCGGUCCAGAGCGGAGAAGAAACAGAAAGACCUGGCUGCCAUCUUAGAGGAGAAGAAACAGGGCGGUGCAGCUAUAGGUGCAAGAAUAGCCGAGUACUCCCAGCUCUACGACCAGGUGAUGUAUAAAGAUUCUCCUGGUCAAGGCGGUCAGACCUCUGCUACGCCACAUCACAUGCACCCAGGGCUGUCGUCCUCCCCGUCCAUGCCCGAGACGUCCCUGGAGGAGGACUGGCUCCACUCCACCUACAGCAACGGAGAGCUGGCCAGGUUCGUCUCUUCCAGCGAAGGCGCCGAUGCUCGGGCGUCCUCCACCCCUCAGCGCAGGCUCACCUCCGCCUGCUCCAUCCCUUCUCUGAAGACCCUCCCCGCUUCUCCAACCUCUCCCCCGUCUCAGAGAUGGAGCUCCUGCAUGUCGGCGCCGAGCGAGAAAGAGGAGCACGUGUACAGUUCCAUUAAAAGGCAUCCCUCCUUCAAUGCGCCGUCUUCACCCUCCUCAAAGUGUCCUCCGUCAGAGCACUGUCAGUCAGCCGGUUCUCUGAGUGGCCAGCAGCAGGAGAAAAACCACCAGUCUGGACUCAAAUGUAACGGACCCGCCGUGGAUCGAUCCACAGACAGAUUUCCCGGCCACAGUCUGGGCCGGAUCGGUCGUCAGAGCAGCCUCCCAGAGUGGUCUACCCAGGGACAGUCGGAUCUCACUCUACACGACGGCCAACAGGUGGUGGUGCUGAAUCGGGCCUCUGCGCUGAGCAUACUCACCGCCACCCAGAACUACCUGGCCAACUUUAAGGACAACGAGGAAGACGACGAUGACUAUGUAGAGAUCCGCUCGGAGGACGAGAGCGAGCUGGAGCCGGACAGGCUGGCGCAGAGGAACGGCAGCACGGCGGCCCUUUCCGGUCAGAACCGGGGCCUUUUGCACACUCAGAGCCUGCCGUGCACCCCGGUCCACUCCUGCAACCCGCUGAGGUCCCUGGACCGCGAGCAGCUCGAGAAGUACCUGUGGAGCGAGCCGCAGCAGAACCAGCCCAACAUCGUCCAGUCUCUGAGGGAGAAGUUUCAGUGUCUGAGCUCGAGCAGCUUUGCCUAAGAGCCAAAUAUACAUUAACAUACAGCAUAUAUAGCAACAAAGGGGACACUACUGCUUUGCCUUGAAUGACUUUCAUCAUAAACAACAAACAGAAGUAAAUAUUACACGCCUGUCAACCAUUUCUUUACUGCAGCCACAUUUGUAAUGUGAACGCCUAUCGUUUAUGGUCUGAACGCCACAUCGAAGCCUGCUUGUGAGCUGACUUAGCACUUCUAGAUGUCCGGUGGUAAAGGUGGCAAACUGUCGUCAAAGCAAAGCUCUCGGUUUGAGUGUUACUGAAUGGGUUUUAAUAAUCAAAAUGAAUCUUUCAUUGCUUUCCACGUGAGCCUCGGAGUCCGAUAUCUCUAUUGCGCAGGUGCAGAGGGUUUUUACCGCCGUGUCAGGAGUUCCUUUAACUUUGCUCUUAAGGUUAUUUUAACUGCAUCUUCACCUCUAGUUUUAUCUUAACCUCGGUAGGAGAGGUCGAAACCCAGUCUCGGCUUGGCGUUUUUAAUCGUGCUUACACUAUGAAUCAGCUCCGGAAUAAGCCGCUUUACAAAAUUUACAGUGUUUGGAUUUUGCUACUCAAGCUAGUCGGUUUUUAGCAAUAAUUGUAACGAACAGGAAUCAACUGUAAAAAAAUAAAUUAAAAAAAGAAAAAAAAUCACCGUCACAACAUUCGGUAGGUUAAGUAUAACUAGGCCCGUUAGGCUAUCUGAAGUUACCGUGUGUCGCUCUACUUGCCAGCUUCGUCGUCAGUAGGGGUAUCGUGCUUUAAAACUCGAGAGAAGACGCUGAUAUCUUUAGUGAAUCUAAUAAGAAGCCUUAGUAUUUAUUUUGAAUCUGUGAGCGGAUCACAAAAGGUUUUUACGUGUAAUAAUCUGGGGGCAUCAUCUCACCUCAUCUUGACGAGUAGAUGAUGUAUCUUUUUUUUUUUUUUUUAAAAAAGAAGAAAUAAUGCUAAUUUGUUUAUAAGAGGGACCACAAAGGAACGUUAAAGCUAAAGGACUACAGUACUGUAUUUGGUGUACAUUUUCUUUUUCCUGUUGUUAUUUUUACCUUGUUUGCUGUUACACUACUGAGAUCACACCCUUGCUCAUUUCAUUAAUGUUCACGGUUAUUUUCUCUGCCCUUGGAGCAAACCCAGGAUUUACCACACACACACACACACACACACACACACACACACACACACACACACACACACACACACACACACACACUCACACACACACUGUGUCCUAUUUGAAAGGAUCACAGCCCCUUGUCAUUCGUAGUGCAAGCCACAGGCUGGUUGUAAAUGAAAGUAAUACAUAUUUAUUGAAAGACUGUUCUCUCUACUAUUAUUUAGGGACUUUCACCGAAUUCGAAAUCAAAUACUGUGAAUGUUAUCGGAGAAUUGUCGUUUUUCUGCCACGCACUGGUUAAACAAUCAAUCACAAGUCACAGGAAAAGUUGGUGAAAGCACAACACCGCGGCCUACUGUUCAUAUCGGGAACUCAAACGUAAGUUAGGAAUAUGAAGUAUGUUUUUUUUUUUUUCUCCUCACUGUAUAUUUUUUUUGUCCUCUGUUUCACUGGUGGGGAUUGUUGGUCUUCAAUGACUCUUAUUUUGCACUUUUUUUCAGUUUCUGUCUUUCUUUUUUUAAUUUUUUUGUAAACACUUUGUAAAGAUGUACAUUUUAGGAAGGUUGUUCUUGUAUGCCAUAGGUAUGCUUUAUAAAGCUUUGAUGUUUAAGUUAAGUGUUCUGUAUUUUUUUAACUGCCUAGUCGUCAUUGCUCAACAAAAACAAUGUAUUGGAGGUAAUAAAUUCAGAUUAAACUAA